AUGUUUUUUGUUCGAGACUUCGUGCAGAAUAUCCACCUGAGUCCAAACUACUUGGGGCCAAACAUACAGGCUCUUAUAGAAGAAUAUCUACUGAGCAAGGUGGAGGGAUCAUGCAGCUCUAGCGGAUAUGUAGUCAUGGUUCUUAGCAUAGAUGAGAUAAGCGAAAGCAGGAUCAUUUUAACAGGAGAAACUAUAUUUACUGUCAAAUACAAGGCUCUUACGCUGAAACCGUUGAAAGGCGAGGUAAUUGAUGCAAAUGUUGUUGAAACAAACAAAAUGGGUGUAUUUGCAUCUGUUGGGCCUUUAACUGUGUUUAUAUCAAACCAUCAAAUACCAAAUUUUCUCCUAGAAAACGAAAUAACAAAGAAUGUGAUGAUUCGACUGAAAAUCAUAGGAACCAAGAUAGACUCCACGAGGAUAUAUGCGGUUGGAACCCUGAAUGAUGAUUCUCUGGGCAUAAUCUCUUGA